GAGGAACAGUCUGCACCAGAUCAGUUCUGGUCAAAGAUGGCCAAGCUCAUUUUGAUUACCGGUCUGGCCCUCCUGCUGAACGCCCAAAUAGGCUCUGCCUAUGUGCUGUCAUGCUAUUUCACCAACUGGGCUCAAUACAGGCCUGGCCUGGGAAAAUACAUGCCAGACAACAUUGACCCAUGCCUCUGUGACCAUCUGAUCUACGCCUUUGCGGGGAUGUCCAACAAUGAAAUCACAACUUAUGAAUGGAAUGAUGAGACCCUCUACAAAUCUUUCAAUGGACUGAAAAAUCAGAAUGGAAAUCUCAAGACCCUCCUGGCAAUUGGAGGAUGGAAUUUUGGAACAGCCAAGUUCUCCACAAUGGUUUCCACUCCUGAGAACCGCCAGACCUUCAUCAAUUCCGUCAUCAAAUUCCUGCGCCAGUACCAAUUUGAUGGGCUGGACAUUGACUGGGAAUACCCUGGAUCAAGGGGCAGCCCUUCUCAGGACAAAGGUCUCUUCACCGUCCUUGUUCAGGAAAUGCUGGCCGCCUUUGAGCAGGAAGCCAAGCAGGUGAACAAGCCCCGUCUCAUGAUCACAGCUGCCGUUGCUGCAGGACUUUCCAACAUUCAGGCUGGCUACCAGAUUGCUGAGCUCGGAAAGUACUUGGACUAUUUCCAUGUGAUGACUUAUGAUUUCCAUGGCUCCUGGGAUGGACAAACAGGGGAGAACAGCCCUCUGUACAAAGGCCCUGCGGACACUGGUGACCUCAUCUAUUUCAACGUUGAUUAUGCUAUGAACUAUUGGAAGAGCAAUGGUGCUCCAGCUGAGAAACUCCUGGUUGGAUUCCCAACCUAUGGACAUAGCUACAUCCUCAAGAAUCCAUCCGACACUGCUGUUGGGGCACCAACAUCGGGCCCUGGGCCAGCCGGGCCUUACACAAGACAGUCUGGUUUCUUAGCUUACUAUGAGAUCUGCACAUUCCUGGACUCUGGAGCCACCCAGGCUUGGGAUGCUCCUCAGGAUGUGCCCUAUGCCUACAAGAGCAGUGAAUGGGUUGGCUAUGACAACAUCAAGAGCUUCAACAUCAAGAUUGACUGGCUGAAAAAAAACAACUAUGGUGGUGCUAUGGUUUGGUCCCUUGAUAUGGAUGACUUCACUGGCACUUUCUGUAAACAGGGCAAAUAUCCCCUGAUUACCACCCUGAAGAAUGCUCUUGGCCAGCAAAGCAGCAGCUGUGUGCCCCCAGCUCAGCCCAAUCCUCCCAUCACUGCAGCUCCUAGCACUGGAAGUGGGAGUGGGAGUGGAAGUGGAAGUGGGAGCUCAGGUAGCAAUACCGGUAGCUCAGGUGGGAGUGGAUUCUGUGCUGGCAAAGCCAAUGGCAUCUACGCAGAUCCAACCAACAAGAGCAAGUUCUACAACUGCAAUAAUGGCGAAACCUUUGUGCAGUCGUGCCAGGCCGGUCUCGUCUUUGAUUCCAGCUGUUCCUGCUGCAACUGGGCAUGAAGUCAACACUUCUGUUACAGCAAACACAUCUCCUUGAUCUAAUUCCAUGGAAUAAUAAUGAUAAAUAAAGUGUUGUGCAAAAGUAAAAAUG